UUACUCAUCUUGAGCUCUGUCAGACUCACUUAAAUCGGCUGAUGAAUGCCAGAGGACACCACCCCUUACCCUUUGCUAUGCAAAUGUAAUCACCACCCACUAUAAAUACACCUAUUCUACCAUACUCCCAUUCAAACAAGGAGGUCAUCGUUCAGCAGAGGACUCCCUCACUUCGAACCAGGAUGGUUACAAAGCCCACUCCCUGUUGGAUUGCCGGUACAACCUCAAUUUUGCUUCUGUUUUUGCUCGCUGUUCCAAGCUGCACUCGAGAACUAGGCAUCAGUGGACUGAGGUCACAGCAGGAGGAUGAAUGGAGCUUGAGCACCGGAGUUAAGGACACAGAUGGAGACAGGACAAACACUGAAGCCGGUCUUGGAUUUGGGAACACCCAAGCUCCCAGUCACGGAGCGGCAGAGCCCGAGGACGGUGAUGUGUGGGGCGACCCUGACCUUACGACUGGCUUGAGGCCCAUGCUGUCUCUGGGGGAGGAUGGACUGUGGGAGCCCCGCAGAAAUUCUCGCUGUGUUCCGAUACCCCCUGGAAUGGCCUUGUGUCAAAACAUCGGCUAUGACACCAUGAGGAUGCCCAACCUCCUGGGCCACGAGUCUCCAGCUGAGGCGGUACAACAGAGCUCCAGUUGGUUGCCCUUGCUAGCCCGGGAGUGCCACCCUGAUGCCCGGAUUUUCCUUUGCUCGCUUUUUGCUCCCAUAUGUCUUGACAGGUUUAUAUCACCCUGCAGGAGUUUGUGCGAGUCUGUGCGAGACAGCUGUGAACCAAUCAUGAGGUGCUAUGGAUAUCCAUGGCCUGAGAUUUUGCGCUGCGAUCAGUAUCCUGCAGACCAUCUCAUGUGUAUCUCAUCUGUCACCAACAGCACUAUUCCUGUUUCAGUAAGAAAAGUGCCUCAAGCCAGCUGUGAGGACUGUGAACUGGAGCAGGCGUCGUCACCAAAGGACACUUUAGAGAUGUUCUGUCGGAGCGAUUUUGUUGUAAAAUUGCGACUGACUCGACUGAAAUAUAGUCCUGUCAGCUUGUCACAAUUCUCCCUGGCUGCAAAACUGCAGGUCCUGAAGCAUGGACCCUUGCUCGGGGGGCAGAUACGCUCCCGUAUUGAGCUGUGGCUGGAGAGGGACGCCACUUGUGUUCGGAACAUGACACGGAACCACCCCAAAGGCGGCACUUUCCUCAUCACAGGAACAGUACAAGGGGAGCGAGUGUUGGUGAACAAGGCUUAUGCCUGGCACCGGCGGGACAAAAACCUGAUCACUGCCUCCCGCAAAUGGAAGCGCCACCGAUGUAAGAGCUAGGACUGAAAACAGAACUGAAACAUGUCAGAUAGGUCAAGGUGAAACAUAUUACAUAGCAUUUGAAAACAACUUCUACAUAGGAAUUCAGAUCAGCUACUUUAAAAACCAUAUAACGCCAGUGACGUCUGCAGCACAGUAUUUGACAUGACAUGUACAUAUCUGUUAAU